AUGAAGAGAGGCCGUGCCCGUGGUAAUCAGAAACGCAUUCGCGAGGCCAUUGACAACAUCAUUCUUGAUGAGCUGGCACCAGCGGAGCAGGUGCGCGAAGAUUGUGAAAUGAUCGAUGCACUCCAUCAGAAGGAGGACACUAUUGCCGCAGAAAUUGAGUCUCUUGACGCCGACAUUGCUGAGACCAUAGCCAAGGUCGAUCUUCUACGGUCAACACGAGCUAGGGAGCAAGGUAGAUCCCGGGUAGGUUCACCAACCCCCUCGGUGAACGACGGUUGCUCGAGUACUAGAUCUUAUGGGGAGCUCAGUCUUGGCCAACAUGGAGCUCCCGUAUGGGUACCCACGGAUCACAGAGGAAGAACGGCACCUCCUAUGAGCUCCGACUCGGCAUCCCGAGCUCAGAGUUUGAAGAGUGUGGUGGCCCAAUCUGUGCCCGUGCCCGCGCUAGAAGUUUUUCCAUCUGUGUCCCACCGCCCGGCAACGUCAACCGAAGUCUCGCGCCUCAAAUUCGCCCAGUGCGAGGACGCUAUGAGCUUAUCCAGGCAUUACACGUCUGUGGAGGCAAUCCUGGCGGAGGCCAAUGCUGGAACGCUCUCGGGAGAGACCUUCGUACCGCACAGGCAUCUGCGCGUGGCAUGUGUUUCGAGAUUGGUGUCUUCUCUCAAACCCGUGGCUCUGAAAUCUGCGGCGGAAGAUCAGGCACUGAGUACCCAGUGGGACUGGUGUGGGGUUAAGGCUGCUCUUCUGGGACAGUUCUGUCGAAGAUCAAUACUACAGAAAGCAUACGCCACGUCCAUCUCGCGCCUGUCAUUCCCGGGUGUGGCUCACUGCGACAACUUCCUAAACGAGGCCGAUAGAAUUGUCAAUUUGCAUCGAGAUGCCUUCGAGGCUUCAUCGAGUGAAAGAAGAGUGGUUAUCAGGGCCAUAGUCGGACGACUCCCUCGAGAGAUCCGGGGCCUAGUCAUACGGGCUAUCAGAGACUGUCGCUUGGAUGUGGAUGCUCUGGAUAGGGAGUGGGAACUCCUUCUUCCUUGGCGAGGGAGGGUCGCUGGCGAUCUCAGAUCAGUUCGAGAAGUGAUUCGAUCCAUCUGUCGUUCGAGUGAGGACGUCGAGCUGGCCGCCAAUCCUCUCGAAGCAAUGCCAGUGCCCAAGCAUGAUCAAAUAUCAUUCGCGGGAGGUUCUGCAAAGGGUGAGACCAAAGCUGCGCGAACCUCGGGAAACUUGGAGAACUGGGUUAAAGGCUUUGCAAAGGCGCUCGUUGUUACCGGCGAUGGCUGUGAGGACGAGUUUCAAAUGAGAGAUAUCCUUUUUGCUAAGGACGCUCGCUUCUUUCGCUCUCGUCGGGGCGCUGCCAAGCCAUAUGUUAUCGCCUGUUACGGCACCGAGUCCGCGGCCAUUGAGGCCACCGCUCGUCUAGAAGGUAAAGGGUACAAGCAGCGCCCCUUUGUCUUCCGGGGCGUCUCAAGCUCUGCCAAUCCCGCCAGUAUGGAGUCGGGAAACUGCUAA